AUGUCAGUCCUUCUCUGGAAUUGUAGAGGUGCAGCUAGCGGGAGACUGGCUCGUACCCUUAAAGCUCUUGUGCAUAAACAUAGUAUUAAACUCGUUGCAAUUUUCGAACCUAGGGCUUCUGGUGAUCGAGCUGUAAAAUUAGCAAAAAGCCUAGGUUAUGAUAAAGUAGUUGUUGAAGAGGCCCAGGGGUUUUCAGGUGGUAUUUGGUUAUUUUGGUGCUCUCAGUUCUUCAAAAUUGAGACUAUUGAACAGUCAAACCAGUUUGUUCACGUGAAAAUUAUUAAAAACGGGGAAUUGUUCUUCUUUCUUACAGCUAUUUAUGCUAGUCCCCAUGAAGAGAAGAGGAAACUUUUAUGGCAAGACCUUAGAAGAUUGAGUUCUCAGUUUGCGGAAGUUCUAGAUGAUUGUAAAGUUAUAGAUUUGGGUGGAGCUGGUGCUUUCUUUACUUGGCAAGGUCCUAAGUGGGGACACUUGGACCGUAUUUUCAAGAGACUUGAUCGGGUGUGUGCCAAUGAAGCGUGGAGAUUGAAAUUCACUGAUGCAAAUAUUCGGGUAUUGCCUAGGAUCCAAUCUGAUCAUAAUCCCCUUCUAUUAGAGCUUCAUGAUAAUCAUAAUUCUUUAGGGGCAAGACCUUUUAGAUUUGUAGCAGCCUGGCAGCAGCACCCAAUGUUCAAUCAGUUCCUUGAUGAGCAUUGGAAGUAUAAUGAUACGUGUAGCAGUAUGCUCAAUAGAUUGGUUCCUCCAUUGAAACAGUGGAACAUCAAUGUUUAUGUGAAUAUUUGGCAACGAAAGAAGGGUCUCCUUAACUCUAUUGAUCGGGUCCAACAUCAAAGAAUGGUAAAUGAGUCCCAUUAUCUGGCUAUGAAAGAAAAUAAGUUACAAGAAGAAUUAACCAGUGUCUUAGAGCAAGAAGAGUUAUUGUGGUUCCAGAAGUCAAGGGAGAAAUGGAUUGUUGAUGGUGAUAGAAACACUAAGUUUUAUCACUUAAAGAAAAUCAUCCGAAGGAGCACCAAUAAAAUUCUGAGGUUGAAGAAUGAGAUGCAAAUGUGA